UGGAGUAGCCGCCACUUCCUGGAGCCGCCGGCCGGGGCCGCUCGCUGCACUCAGCGCCAGAGCCGGGAGCCCGCGGCCGCCGCCAUGUCCCAUCAGACCGGCAUCCAAGCAAGUGAGGAUGUUAAAGAUAUUUUUGCCAGAGCAAGAAAUGGAAAAUACAGACUUCUGAAGAUAUCGAUUGAAAAUGAGAAACUUGUGAUUGGAGCGUGUAGGCAGCCUUUAGAUUCCUGGGAUAAGGAUUAUGAUUCCUUUGUUUUACCCCUGUUGGAGGACAAACAACCGUGCUACGUAUUAUUCAGGUUAGAUUCUCAGAAUGCCCAGGGAUAUGAAUGGAUAUUCAUUGCGUGGUCUCCAGACCAUUCUCAUGUUCGUCAAAAAAUGUUGUAUGCAGCAACAAGAGCAACUCUGAAAAAGGAGUUUGGAGGUGGCCACAUUAAAGAUGAAGUGUUUGGAACAGUAAAGGAAGAUGUGUCAUUUCAUGGAUAUAAGAAAUAUUUGCUGUCACAGUCUUCUCCUGCCCCACUGACUGCAGCUGAAGAAGAAUUACGACAGAUUAAAAUUAAUGAGGUACAAACUGACGUGAGUGUGGACACUAAGCAUCAAACACUACAAGGAGUAGCAUUUCCUAUUUCUCGAGAAGCUUUUCAGGCUUUGGAAAAAUUGAAUAACAGACAGCUCAACUAUGUGCAGUUGGAAAUAGAUAUAAAAAAUGAAAUUAUAAUUUUGGCCAACACAAUAAAUACAGAGCUAAAAGAUUUGCCAAAGAGGAUUCCCAGAGAUUCAGCACGUUAUCAUUUCUUUCUGUAUAAACAUUCCCAUGAAGGAGACUAUUUGGAGUCUAUAGUUUUUAUUUAUUCAAUGCCUGGAUACACAUGCAGUAUAAGAGAACGGAUGCUGUAUUCUAGCUGCAAGAGCCCUCUGCUAGAGAUUGUAGAAAGACAACUACAAAUGGAUGUCAUUAGAAAGAUCGAGAUAGACAAUGGGGAUGAGUUGACUGCAGACUUCCUUUAUGAAGAAGUACACCCCAAGCAGCAUGCACAUAAACAAAGUUUUGCAAAACCAAAAGGUCCUUCAGGAAAAAGAGGAAUUCGAAGACUAAUUAGGGGUCCAGCUGAAACUGAAGCCACUACUGAUUAAAAUUAUUACAAUACUAGUUUUUUUAAAAGUCCAGCUUUUAGUACAGGAGAACUGAAAUCAUUCCACGUUGAUGUAUAGUAGGGGAAAAAAUUGUACUUUUUGAAAAUCAGCACUUUUCACUUCUGUGUGUUUUUAAAAUUAAUGUUAUAGAAGACUCAUGAUUUCUAUUUUUGAGUUAAAGCUAGAAAAGGGUUCGACAUAAUGAUGUUUAAUUUCAUCGCAGUUUUCAUAGAGUGAUGAUUCCACACUUUCACAUAGUUCUUAAAAUUUUAUAGAGUUGGGCCAAUUCCAGAAAAUCUAAAGUAAGAUACAAUUCUUAUUACUCUUCGGUGAUACAUCACUUUUUUUCCUUUAAGGGAGAGAGAAAGACCUUAAAAUAUUCAUUCCACUUAAUGAAUAUGUUAAGGACCAGAUUAGAUUAUUUUCUAAGCUGAAAACUUCAUGUGCCUAGGAAAAGGUGCUCUGAAGAGCAGUGCUCACUCAGACUGUGAGAUCAUGUCUACAACUUUUAGAAACAGUGCUUUAUUGCAGCAGUCUUUUCUAUUUGACUUUUUCAUUUUUUAAAUGGCAUUAAAAUUUCAGAAAAUCAACUCACUCUGAAACAUUAAGGGUACCAGAUAUAUACUGCAGGAUUUCUGAUGAUGUUGAAAGACACGUUUAAACUGCUUUAGUAAAUGCUCUUUCUAGUGCUUUAAAACUUUUCCAUUUCAAAAGUAAGUCGUUUCAUUAUAUGUAGUGUGAGACCAAAUAUUUAUGUCCAAUUGAAUAUUAAAUUAAUAUCAUUCAAAAGCAAACAAAACUAAAGUCAACAAUAUUGAAAAAGUUUUAAACAUCGAUUGAUUUCUCUCUAAAACCAUAUAUUUAUAGGGAAAUAUUCAGAUUUAACAAAAUUAUUUUAAAGUCCUAGUACUCAUCAGCCUAACACAGAUAAAUGAAUCUUGUUUCAAUUUAUAUCUUAUUUCAAAACACAGUUAACUGUUUUCUAAAGCUUUGCAUUUUCAAUUACAACCUACAGAGAUUUUGAGCCUUGUUUUCUUUGAUACUUGAAAUAGAGGGAGCUAGAAAACUUCAUCAUGUUUAAUCUGAUAAACCUGCUGCAAGAGCCAUAAUUUAGAGGACUUUUCUAAACGAACUGUGGGGAUCCGGGAUUUAGAAUUUCUUGAUCUAAACUUUAUGCUGCAUAAAACAAAUACCAGAAAUGUACAUUUCAUAGUAUAAAAUAUGAAACACUCAUUUUUACACUUUAUUAUCUAAGGUAAUAUAUGUACCUUUCAGAAAUUCAAUGUGUGUUCAACUAAAAGCAUGUUAGAAUAAUUAUGAGUUGACAGAUUUUUUUUUCUAGAAUUAAGAGUAUUUGUGUGGGGUUUUGUUUGUUUACAAAUAAUCAGACUAUAAUGCAAAAUAAUUGAUGGUAAUGUUGCACUUGUUUAUGAAAGAUAUACUUUAAGUUUUUCCGUGGGUGCACACAUAGACACACAUACACACAAACUACUGCAUUGAGAAUCCUGGAGCUGUGCUGUCGACCAUAGGCCAAGCUGCUGAAGCUGUUAUUUUCGGUCAGGAAGAAAACCUGUCAUGAAGGUAUAAAAUAAUUUAGUAGUGAAUGUUUUUCUCUACCAUCCAUGUGCAAUUAUGCUCUUAAACUCUAUUACACUACAUGAAAGUAAGUGGACAUUCCAGAAUAUAGAUGUGAUUAUAUAAUCUUAAACUAAUUAUUAUUAAACCAGUGAUUGUUGAAAAUCAAUGAUGCAUUUGUUAUAGAGUAUAACUCAUCGUUUAUGUUUUAGGUGAUGUCAUCAUAACAAUAGAAGGUGAAUAAAGUAUUCCCAGUGAAUUUAUAUAGCAGUGAAGAAUUACAUGCCUUCUGUGGACAUUUUAUAACCCCAGAGACUUGGGAACGGAAAGAACAGGAACUUCAAAGACCUACUUCCCACAUUGAAGCACGCACCCACCAUGGCUUACACCAGCAAAGGAAGAGAAAGAGGUUGGCUGGUCUGGGAUGACCUCAUCCGAGAUGACUUGUCUCUGCUGAGCAUGGUUUCAGCAGCAGCAUGUUAGCCCUGGCUUGUUCUCAUGGCAGUGGCAGCGUUCCAUGACAGAGAAAGAGAAAAGUGGUGCACAGGGGCUCUGGAGGCCCAGGCUUGGAACUGAAACGUCACCUUUCCUACAGUCUGUUGACCACAGCAAGUUCCAAGGCCAUUCUGGAUAUAAGGACUAGGGAAAUGAAAUUUACCUCUUGAUGGGAAGAAUUACAAAACCAUAUUGCAAAGGGCAUGGAUCUAGGGAAGAGUGGAGAAUUGCAUUCUAACACAAUGAACAUAAGGGAGAAGUUACUUAAAUUUGGGGGCAUCAAUUUCCUCAAUAAGAAAAAGAUGGGACCUACAUUAUAGAGCUCUAAAAUGUGAUCAUGCCCUUAACAUAAUGCUUGGCAUUAACAGUUAGCUCAGCAAAUGACAGAGAAGAUGAUUAUGAUCAAUAUGAAGACAGAGAGCAUAGUAAAGGUUACAGACUGAUGUCAGAUGCCUGAGUUAAAAUUCCAGCUCUGCAAUUUAAUAGCUGCAUAAUCUUGGGCAAGUUACUUCACUUCAAUUUCCUCAUUUAUAAAAUGUGAAUAAUAAUAUUAUCAGAUUCAUAGGAUUGUUAUGAGAGAUAAGUUAAUAUAGGGGAAGCAUUUUGAAUAGUCCUUAUAAUUAUUUAAUAAAAACAGUGCAACAUAUAAUUUUUUUAAAUUAUAAGUUUAUAAAUUAAGGUAUAUAACAUUAUUAUUAUUAAUUAUUCUUGGGAUACUAUGGGAACACAGAGGAGAAGCACCUACUUCUGCAUGGGGAAUCAGAAAAGACUGUGGAGUGGAUACCAGCAUUGAAUUUUUAAAAACUGUUACGAGUUUGCCAGGUGGACAGCAGAGGGAAGAGCAUUCGAAGCAGAAUAGAAAGAUGGAUGACCAUAUGCCCAAAUACACAGAUGUCAUGUUCAAGAAAUUCCAGGAAGUGCAGUUGUUUGGGAGAAAAGUAUAAUAUAUUUCAGACUGGUUGGCUAAAGAUGAGAACUACAAGAAUCUAUCCAUAUGCAUAUGGAUGAUAUUUGAAACUCCAUAAGUAGAUAAGAUACAAAGUUCUAGAAAGAAGAGUAUCCAGGAUAGAAUCAAUAUUAUUCUACUUAAACUAGGAAAAUAUCGGGUAAUUCAGAUCAAACCUUUCCCUGAGGAAAACUAGGGGAAAAAUUCUGCUCAAAGGCAUCAGUGUGCUACUAAGGUAGUAAUGAAAUAUAGAACCAAGAUAUGGGAGAAAACAUAAAUCCAAAGAGUUGAACCCAGUAUGUAGGGCUACUACUUCCUUGGGGCCAUUUGCCAGUUCUGGGAGAAGCUAUGAACAGAUGUGUACAUGUAUUUUUUUAGUACCUGUGUUCAGUUCUUUUGGAUACACACCCAGGAGUGGAAUUGCUGUGUCAUUGGUAAUUCUAUGUUUAACUUUGUGAAGAGCUACCAAUCUGUUUUCCACAAUGGCUGCACCAUUUACAUUCCCAUCAGCAAUGUACAAAGUUCCCAGUUUCCCCACAUCCUCACCAAUAUUUGUAAUAGCUAUAGGGGUAUCUCAUUGUGGUUUUGAUUUGCAUUUCCCUAAUGACUAAUGCUGCUAAGCAUCUUUUCAUGUGCUUAUUGGCCAUUUGUAUAUCUUCCUUGGAGAAAUUUCUAUUCAGAUCCUUUGCCUAUUUUGAAAUUAUUUUUAUUUUUAUUAUUGCCUUGUAAGAGUGUUUUGUAUGUUCUGGAUAGUAGAUUCUAAUCACAUAUUAUUUUCACAUAUGCCAUUCUAUUGAUUGUCUUUUCACUUUCUUGGGUGAUGUCCUUUGAUACACAAAAGUUUAGAAUUUUGAAGUCCAAUUUAUCCUUUUUUUUUUCUUUCUGUUUUUUCUGUACUCUUGGUGUCAGAUUUAAGAAACAGUUGCCUAAUCCAGGGUCACAAAUAUUUACACCUGUUCUCUUUUAAGAGUUUUGUAAUUUUAGCUCUUACAUUUAGGUAUUCCACCCAUUUUGAGUUAAUUUUUGUAUAUGAUGUGAAGUAAGGGUCCUACUCAUUCUU